AUGGAUGCUAUAACGGAAUCGCCCGGGCGGUAUUGGCCUGUAUCGCGCAAAUAUGAUACGAUAGACGGAAGAUAUAAGUUUUUUAAGGCGGCCCAUGCCUGUCGAAUGCAAAGAUGUUACCCGAUAAUACAGCUUGGUCAUGCCUCUUAUACAUCUGUCCGACGUUACAAUAAGAUAUCGAUGGGAAGUAAAAUGGACGUCGAUGAACUUACCACAUUUUCAGAUGCCAAGGAGGAAACAGUCACUACGAUAAACGAUUUGCCGAAUGAUAUAUUGUUGACAAUAUUUGCUUAUUGUCAUCCAAUUGAUUUGAUUCAUUGUUUCUCGUUGGUUUCUCGCCGUUGGAAUUAUUUAGCAAAUCAUUCCGCUUUGUUCACUGAAGUUCGGGUGUUGGUUAACGAUCUUUCGUUAGAAUAUGGCAGUGUGGAAAGAUUUUUUCAGAGGAAUUCGCAACAUCUUCGCAAACUAUGCAUUGAUUGUUCGGUUCCCUUACCGUCUGCUAGCGUUAAUGCAUUAUUCGACAUUUGUUUUCCUAACGUCGUCCAUCUCGAUAUUGGCUCUUUUAAGGGUACAAUUGGAAAUUAUCUAAUGUCGCAGGAAAAAAUGAAUACUGCAUUGUUGACAAAAUUAUCAGACUCCUUCCCCAAUAUUGAAACACUGCAUAUGGAUGAAGUGGAGCGAUGUUCUAUUUAUGACCGAGGUGGAGAAGAAUGGAAUGAGGUGCUGGAAAUGUUGUUUGAAGAUGAAACUAUUUUCCCGAAAAUGCGUAAUUUCUUCAUGGGUAACAUAAACCGGUACUGCUUCGAAACUGGUGCAAAGUUAUCGAUCUGCAAACGCCCAUUAAGUUUAUUUCAUGUCCGUGAUGGAGCAACCAAACUGAAUUUCUUUGAUAUCCCAAUUUCUCCCUGGAAGUCGACACUUACUGAACUUCAUCUUGGAUUUUUCAUUGAAAACGAAGAUUUUCAAUAUAUUGCCCAUUUGCAUAAUUUGAAAGUAUUCUCAUUGGCUCGCUGUCUUAAUACGUCUGAUAUGGCCUUCGCUCCUUUAAAAAAUUUGUACAACUUGGAAGAGCUACGGAUAAACUGUGGUGGCGAAGAUUGUGAUCUUUCCAACGAGGGGAUGAUUGCCUUAUUUACUUUACCAUACAAAGAACCCGAAAAAUCAUUCCCCUACAGGCUCAAGCAUUUAGAAAUUGCGAAUUUCCAUGCAUGCAGAACCGGACUUUUACGAGCUAUUGACUACAAUUGUCCAGAAUUGAAAACACUCGGUGUUCCAUACAAUAAAUAUAUGGAUGACGAAGCUGUGCCAUUUAUUAUCAGUAAUUUCAAGCACUUAAUUUUUUUGAAUCUUAGCAAGCUUGGUGAUUGUUAUAAAGAUGAAGUCUGGAGUAAUCUAAACGACAAUGAUUUACCUAAUUUACGCUUACUCAAACUUCAUGGAAAUGAGGUUAAUAUUGAAAAUUUGCGACAUCUGAAUAUUAAACGACCUAAACUACUAAUCUCAACUAGUUUGAAUUAUUUUAUUAAUUGGAGCGAAACUGAAAGUGGUUACAUUUUCCAUGAUACUUUUAAUGGUGAUAUCAGAGCUGUAGAAAACGAUUUGCGCCAAAUUAAUGGUUUUUGUGAUUUCACAAUUACUUCGCUACCAGUCUUUUGUGAUGUUCGUCGUGGAUCUGCGAUGCGUACAUCAUCGUUUGAUUCUUAUUAUUAUACGCAUAAGGCGAAACAACCAUAUAAAAUUUCCGUCGAUGAUGAUUCUGUGUAA